CUAUUCUUAGUUACGUCUUCCCUCUCCCUCUCUCCUCCACACGUCGCAUGAGAUGACAUGAUCUCUCCCUCCGAGUUGCAGGCAUGUCCUGCCCACCUUCGCAAACAUUGAACUUCGACCGCCCGGCCGCCGACGCCGACAGCAGCGACUACGGCUCCGACUUCACCCCGGAAGAAGAGGAGUUGCUGCACGAGCUGCUCGACCAAGUCGCCACCACCACCGUCGCCACAACCCCGGCCGUCCCCUCGACUGUCGCAAGUCCUCCCAUUCCGCCGCGCUCUCCGUCGCAGCAGACCUUCACCAGCACCACCGCUGUGCUCGGCGACAUCGAGGAUUAUAAUGGGGAUGCGGCGUCUGGGCGCGUUCCUCGCGUCUUGGGACGCCAGAUGCCCCCGUGGCAGGUGGCCAAGUCGAGGAAUCCCAAUCACAGGUUUCCUACUCUCUGGUCGGGUGCAGGGGGGAGGGCAAAUCCGAACCCAGGCUACGGGGCCCGCGCGUCUGUUGAGCACCCCGAUUCGACAGAAGGGCGGACCAGAGACCGCGAGAGAGAGGCAGCGCGUCAGCAGGAACAAGCAGGACGGAAUGGCGAUCCAGCGGUCGGCCCUGGGUCGCUUUCGCCGCUGGAACGAUUCCGUCGACCGCCGAACAAGGCGUUCUCCGUGACGGAUCUGAUCUCGCCCGCGUGGUGCGAGCUGCAGUACUGGUAUACGCUGACGAAGUUCGGGCGCAAGAGGCGGACCCCCGCCAUGAAGACGGGCAGCACGAUCCACAAGACGCUGGAGGACGAGAUCUACACGACGGUGUCGGUGGAGAUCACUACGAGGGAGGACGCGCUGGCGCUGCGCAUCUGGAAUGUGAUCCAGGGCCUGCGCAUGCUGCGGGAGUACGGCAUCACGCGCGAGCUGGAGGUCUGGGGCGUCGUGGACGGCGAGCUGGUGAACGGGGUGAUCGACGAGCUCUCGUUCGAGUGUCCGGACCCCGAGCUGGAGCUCACCGCGGCCUCGCAUUAUGCCGACAUCGAGGCCUCCAGGGCCGUCAUGCCCGAGUAUCAGAUGUCGCUGACGGAGUAUCUGCUGUCGCCGUCGCAAGGCGGACGGCGUCUGUCGGACAUGAGCUGGCAGGAGGAACCGGCUCAGGGAUCCGACGACUCGUUCAGCAUGGGCAGCCGGUCGACGGUCGAAAUCCCGGAUCUCCCGCGCGUGUACAUGACCGAUGUCAAGACGCGCGGUGGCAAUGGCUCGCUGCCCACCGUCAAGAGCACGGCGUUCCGCCCGACCUCCCUGCAACUGCAGAUGUACUAUCAUAUGCUGAACCGUCUGGUCACCAGCGACGACGUCACCAUCGACCUGCUGGCGGCGCGCUACGGCCUCGACCCCACGCGCACCUUCACCGACGCCUUCAUCAUGGAAGUCGGCGGCCUGAACGACCAGUUCUUCGACGCCCUGUCGUCGCAAGACCUCGACCCAGACUUCGUCCCCACCCCAGAGGACGUGAUGGCGCGACGGACGCCUCCCUCGUCUCAGAGCCAGUACACCACAGACUCCAGCGACGCCCCCUCCGCCAGCCAGGACUCCACCAGCAUGCUCCUCACGCACAGCAACCUCUCCAGCCUGUGGAAUCUCAUGAAAGAACAGCUGCGCCUCACCUUCCUCCCUCCACUACCACCCCACUCCUCCUCUGUCUCCGUCGCCCCCUCCAUCCCCUCCGAAUUCCAACCCCCCAUGCUCGAAUCCUACCCGACCGUGCUCUCUCCCCUUCUCACAGCCCGCUACAUCUCGUCCACCCCGGCCGAGGACUCCUCGCGGCGCGAGCUCGGCAGCCGCUCGUUCCUCUUCGACCCCACCAGCCUGACGUCCUACCUGUCCGACCAGAUGGAGUGGUGGCGCGGAGAGCGCAAUCCGCGCGGCGUGGAGGUCAUGGAGGCGUGGAAGUGUCGCAUCUGCGAGUUCAAUGACGAGUGCUCGUGGCGCCAAGAGCGUGAGUUGGCCUUCGCGAGACGGAAGCGUGGUCGAAGGGGGUCUACUGCUGCUGCUGCUGUUUAGGUUUAUUGCAUAUGAUUAGCUGCCUGGGUGGUUGGGUGUUUUCUGGUCUGGUCUGGUAUGUAUUUGACAUUUGACUUGCAAGGGAAGGUUGAUAUGUAUUAGAUGUAUUUGAUAGAUAGAUGUAUGCUCUGCUCUACCGCAAUAAUACCAGUUAGAUAUAAUUUCAC